AUUAUUAUAUUGUCUCUAUUUUUUAUUCAUUCUAUAGAGCUGUAGCGGCUGUUCUCUCAACCGAUUGUUAGACAUCAAACAAUUCAUCUUCGAGGAUUUACCAUUAUACGAUAAUGUGGAAUUCAAGCAUAUUCCUGGUGCAACACCAGAACUUGUUUUAUUCAAUAUACAUGAAGAGGAAAUAGAGAGAUUAAUAUUGUCCAGGUUGACUCGAGAAGAAUGUAACGAAUUAUUAGUCUCCAAAGGUUUCAGAAAGAAAUCAAAAAAUAAUAAGGAUGAGAUGUAAAUUUUUAAUUCUAUACUUCUUAAAAGAAAUAGUAAUAUGUAGAUACAUAUAUUGUAUAAAAAUGUAUGAUUUGUAUAAAAAAUGUAACUAAUUGGCAAAAAUUAUUUCUAAUUUCUUAGAUAGAUAUCUCUUGAUCCACUUAAACUGUAUACAUUCAAAAUACGAACACUUUAUUUUUUAAUAAUACGCGAAGAGAGCGUUAUA